UAUUUGGGGUUUGGGGAAUGAGCAAAGUUUUGCCUGAAUUAUUGACCUAUGCGUUGUUUUGGAAAAAGUGAAGGAGUAAUUUCAGUGCAACUAGAUUUUAUUUCUCUAACGUAUGCACUUUUCCUAAAUUAUUUCAAUCAUUUUACCAGGCUGAUUUUAGGAAAAAGUAAAACAUUUACAGGAUUUUCUUUGGGAAGGCAUGUGAUGAAGGUAAGUUUUAAACUCUCAGUGCUGCUAUUCACCCCUGCGGAUGGCUACCCCUCCUUCCUAGCACAUCGUACACUUCCUGUGACGCCCUGGCACUCAGGUCACUGUGGCCUGGCACUCUUCUUGGCCCUAACUCUGAAAGGUUUUGGUGUGUGCAGCACAGACACAGCGGGAGGCUUGUGUGGGCCUAUUGCCUAGGGGAGCUCUGAUGACAGGCACUAAGUUCCCAGAGAGUAGCCUUGUCCUCAUUGCCACUUCCUUCCCUGCAUUCUCUCCUCUAGUGGUACCCUGGAGGACCCCAGACCCUAGGGCUAGCAGAGCUUAUCCAGGAGUGGCAGAUAGGUUUCCUCUUGGGUGUCAACCCUCAUCAGUUGGUAAUGCUGCCUGGAGCAUGUGAUAUGAGGGAUUCUAAGGUGGCAUCCAGGCUCAGCAAUGUCUGGUGUUGAGGGGGGAGGCUGGGCUGGGGUACGCCUCCUGCUUAUCACCCCUGGCCCUGUCCUGUAGAGGGUCCCAGUCCUGGUUUCCCUGCCUCACCCCACCUCCCCAGUGGCUGAUGAAAUCCUAUGUCCCGUGACCACAGCAGUUGCGACUGCUCUGUGCUUGGUUGCAGAAGGAUGUCCCGUGAUCCUGUGGUUAUCAUGUAGAUAGUGUUGCUUUACACGACCACUUCACACUCUGCUCAGUCACAUGAACCGUGCAAGACUGAGUCAAGAACACCACUUGUUACGUCUCACGCCAUCUUCAUAGCCAUAAUACAGUUUCAUUGGAAUUCAAAUAGAACCAUGGUAAACACUUAUAUAUGGUGCUUAUUAUAUGCCAGACACUAUACUAAGGAUUUAUAUAUAUUAACUCUAAUACUUACAAGAACUAGGGUGACCAGUGGUUUGCCUGGGGCUGAGGAGUUUGCUGGGACGCAGGAAUUUCAGUGCUAAAGCUGGGACAGUCCUAGGCAAACUGUGACAGUUGGUCACCCUGACAUAAAACAAUGUUUCUCAUAAUUUUUAUCAUUAAACUUAUUAUACUGCCUACCAGCGUUGUGCUCUCCACCCACACAGAGCCAUGAUUUCCUGCUUUGUGGUCUGCACCCAGUCCUCUUACAUUCUCCCACCAUCCUCUUCAAGAUUGGCAUGGAUUCCAUUCUGCGGUUUCCUGCCCUCUACGGCCUAGGUGACUGUCCUUGAGAUGUGUUCUGUUCUUUGCCUUCUGCUUUUCUCGUGAGGCCUGCAUGAGGCUUUCUGGGUAAUCAUUGCUGCUGCUUUCCACCUAUCCUUUAUUCCUUUUCCUUCCUUUCUUCCCUCUCCCACCCUCAUCUCCUGGAUACUUGUCCCUUUAACCUUUUCUUCCCUUUCAGGCCAGCUUUUUGUCCUUCUUCAAUGUAAGUGUCGUGUCUUGUGUUAUACGUACUGCUUCUUAGCACAUUUGAGGUUAGGUCUGGCUGGCCUCAUGCUUCAGCAGAAUGUAAUGCCACCCCUGAGGGAUGACUUCAGGACCUUUGGAAAGGCCUUUCUUUCCCCUCCAAAAAAGGCAGCAUCAUACAUCUUAGUGCUGGAAAGCCCUAGAAACUGCUGGAUCUAGCCUGUUAUCAUGAGACAAGGUAUUUACAUCUUCAGCCUCCGAAUAAAGUGUACCUUCUACUGCAUUUCUCCCACGAGGCUAACUAAAAUAUUCGCAAUUAAACUUUUUCUCCCCUUUUUAAAGUUUUGUGUCCUAUAAAAUAUGAUAAUACUGGUAAAUUCAAACAUUCUGGGGAGUAUUUACCCAUAGGCUCUAUCAGUGGUUUACAGUCCAGCAUGAAUAAGUUUAUUCUCUUCUCUGAAGCAGGUUUUGAUAAGAGCAUGAGAAGUGAGCAAUAGGACAUGAAAUCCCUUGAGAGAGGAGCUGGGAAUGGAGCACGUUGGCAAGCUGAAGGCAAACUGUUCCCCAAACCAGCAUCUCUCCACAUGCGGUCUCCAGACCAGCAGAAUCAGCAUCUCCUGAGGUUUUGUCAGAAAUGCAAAUUCUCAGGCCCCAUCCCAGAAUCAGAAACUCAGGAACUCAGGAAUGAAAUCUGGGAAUAUUCUUCCUACGUGAUGUGUUUUGUUAAUGAUCAGCUCCUGGGCGAUGCACUUGAUCUUCAGAAAUGGGCCCACAAGGUGUGGGAUAUAGUUGAUUUCAAGCCCCAGGCACUUUAUGAGGCACUUACUAUGGAUUAUUCUGCUAAAUUCUUAAGAGACACCAAGCAUGAUUUUGUGUUCUUGGACAUUUCUAUUGAUUUUUAUCCAAUUGGAAGAUUGAUUUUUGAGCUCUACUGUGAUGUAUGUCCCAAAACAUGUAAAAAUUUCCAGGUCUUGUGCACAGGAAAAGCAGGAUAUUCUCAAAGUGGCAUCAGGCUACAUUAUGCAGGUUCAGUCUUUCAUCGAGUGGUACGGAAUGGCUGGAUACAAGGCGGAGAUAUAGCAGCUGGAAAAGGAGACGGUGGAGAGUCGAUUUAUGGACCAACAUUUGAAGAUGAAAACUUUACAGUUCCUCAUAAUAAAAGGGGCAUUCUUGGAAUGGUCAACAAAGGCCGUCACAGCAAUGGGUCACAAUUCUACAUCACACUACAGCCAACUCCCUAUCUAGAUAGAAAAUAUGUGGCUUUUGGACAAUUGAUUGAAGGAACAGAAGUUCUUCAACAACUGGAAUUGGUUCCAACAGAGAAUGAAAGACCAACACAACAAUGUAUAAUUAUUGACAGCGGAGAUCUUUAUAGCUGAUUUUCAUAUGAAUAUUUUCUGACAAUUUAUUAUUAUGUAUCUGAUCAGCUGUUUCUAGAUUUAAUUAAACAGUGCUUGAUAAAAUUUAGUUUGAAAACUGGCAGAUGCUGUAGGCUGGCUCACCCAACACCCAAUCCCUCCCCAUUUUCCUUUCUUGCCUCUGCCAUAGAGACUAUGAAAGCGAAAUACUCAGUUUCCCAGCCUCUUUUGCAGCCAGGAGUGACCAUGGGAUACCAUUCUGGCCAAUGAGACAGGAGCAGAAUGCCAGUGGUCCUGCCCCUUCCCCUUCAUCCAGUCUUGAAUGCAGAGAGGCUGGAGCCCUGAAGGAAAGGCCAAGAGAACUGCAGAGAUGGCAGCCCCAACUCUUGAGCUGCAGAACCAAUACCAGCAACCACCCAUCUCUGGACUUCUUACGUAUGAGGCAAAUAGACCCCUGUUGUUUAUGUUACUGUUAGUUGAGUAUUUUGUUACUUGUAGCCAAAACGAUUCUUAAUUUAGCAGCAGUACCUAAUGGCCUUUGAAUCCUAAAACAUUUGUAAUAGAAUUAUGUUGCUGUUUGUAACUGCAUCUCUGCCAUGAGAAAGUUGGUAAAUAACCAAAUAGGAGAGAAGCAACAGAAAAAAAUAACUCAUUGUAAUAUUUCAUUGUUUAUAUGUAGCAUUCAGAAAAGGGUAUACAGACACAUGUCCCUUAAGGACUGUGAUAUGUUCUGAGAACUGUGUUGUUAGGUGAUUCCAUCGUUGUGCGAACAUCAUAGAGUGGACUUACACAAACCUGGAUGGUAUAGCCUACUUCACACCUAGGCUAUAUGGUACUAUUCUUAUGGGACCACCGUCACAUAUGCAGUCCAUCGUUGACCGAAGCGUCAUUAUGUGGCACAUGACUGUACACUUUGGAUGUUUUUAUGUAACAUGAAUAGAAUGCUUGUCUCUGAGUCAUACCAACCAUAUGAAAACCAAGGGCUUGAGUUACAGUCCCCAUGGUGGCUGACUCCUGAGGUGUUACGGGGAUCCAGCUUUUAUCAGCUGCUCCUUAAUCUGAGCUUCUCAAACCCAUGUCACCUGGGGAACUUUUAAAACACAGACUGCUGGACCCCAUCUUUGACCCAUUCAGAGUCUCUAGAUGAGGGACAAGGAUUCUGUGCAUUUAUUUGGCUCUCUCUCCCUAGAGGUUCUUGUAACUUGUAAUUAGCCAGCUGGGCACUAGUCAUUUGGGAGUCACUCCAAGAUGUAAGGGACUGGUUUCAGCCGCCUUUGUGUACUCAGCAAAGUACUUGACUCUGGUAGUGGUGACUUUGCUCAGCUGCCGCUGCCACCAUAGCCACUGUGCUCCUGCUCUGCCCGGAGCCACUGUGUUUUUCUUGCCCUUAGUGGAAGGUUUGUCUACCAAGAAGGAGCUCUCGUUGAGCCAGUCUUAAGGAGACAGGCCUUUAGUUGACUUGGGGCUUCCCAAAGGUAAGCAUAGGCUUUUUUUUUUUACUCUUUCUUUUGAAAUGUUUAUAGAUUCACAGGAAGUUGCAAAAAUAGUACAGAGUGGUUCUGUGUACUGAUCACCCAGUUUCCCCAAAAGGCAUAACUUACACAACUAUAGUACAAUAUCGAAACCAGGCAUUGCCAUUGGUACAACGUGUAUGUGUUGUCAUUUUAUCAUGUGUAGAUUCAUGUGACUGACACCACAAUUGAGACAGAACUUCUUUAGUGCCACGGAGACUUCCUUCAGGCUACCAUUUAUGGUCACACCUACUCCUCUGCCCUCCACUAACCCUAGCUCCUGAAAACAGGUGUAUACUUUUUUUUU